AUGGCGAACAAGUUUGGAUUAGGUUCUUUAUCUUUAGAAACCAAAAAACCUAACACUACAGCGUGGAUAAAUAAAGCGAAACCUUACUUUGUGGAUCAAAUCGGAGACACUCUUCAAGAUGAUAAAAUUGCAAAACAAAAAUUAGACAUUCAACAAUUAAUAGAUAACAUUCCAGGUGAAAAUGAAGAUACGUUUCAACAGGAAUUAAAUGCUCUGGAAACUAAACUUAACAGUGAGUUACAAAAAGAACUAAGAAAUAUUAAACAACAAAUACAAAACAUAGAUAGCGAAAUCAAAACCUAUAUUCAACAACAAAUACAGAACAUAGAUGAUAGCGAAAUUAAAACCUAUAUUCAACAACAAAUACAGAACAUUGAUGAUAGUGUUAUUCAACAACAGAUAACCACUAUUAAUAACGUAGUUUUAAAACAGGACAAAAAUAUAGUCGCAUUAGAAAAGUAUCUCAAGAAAGAAAAUUAA